ACACAUUGCACGUGCACUUUUCAUUGCAGUCAAGAUGGCGUCGUCGGCUGGUCGAGUGCUUGUUUACGGAGGAAAAGGUGCUUUAGGGUCUGCCAUAGUGAACCAUUUUAAGUCUAACAAUUGGUGGGUAGCUUCAAUUGACUUAAUUCCGAAUGAAGACGCACACAGCAAUAUUGUCAUAACGAAGACAGACUCUUGGACGGAGCAAGAACAAGAGGUUUUGAAGGCUGUAGAAGGGAGUCUGGGUGAUGAGAAAGUGGAUGCGGUGUAUUGUGUAGCUGGUGGAUGGGCUGGUGGAAACGCAGCAUCCAGUGCUCUCGUGAAGAACUCUGACGCCAUGUGGAAACAGAGUGUCUGGUCGUCUGUCAUCGCCGCUAACAUCUCAUCCAAAUGGCUAAAAGAGAAUGGAAUCUUGGCUUUGACUGGUGCCAAAGCUGCUCUCGAAGGGACACCUGGUAUGAUGGGCUAUGGAUUGGCAAAGGCGGCUGUACACCAGCUAGUCAAGAGUUUGGCUGCAGGUGACAGUGGUAUACCAAGUGGUGCGGUCGUCACUGCAAUUCUUCCUGUAACACUCGACACACCCAUGAACAGAAAAUUCAUGUCAAAUGCCGACAUGACCAAGUGGACUCCAUUAGAAUUUGUAGCAGAUCUCUUCUAUAAGUGGGCUACGAAAGCAGAGCGACCAGAGAACGGAAGCCUGCUGCAACUCAUCACAGAUGAAAGGAAGACAAGCGUCGAGCCGGCAAGUUGACUCGUUUACUAGCCGUCAGAACGACUAACGCCAAAUGUCUCUACAAGGUUGCAUUGAACUCCAUUAAUUAGUUGCGUUAAAAAGCUAGCUGCUAGCGUCUAAAUCUUUUGUUUUACUCCAUC